GGCCAGCCCUCGCCUCGCGGAGGGAAGGCGGGAGGGCGCGCGCCGGGGCCGCCCGCUCGCUCCCUUUGCUCGUUCGCUCGUUCCCUCCCUCCGGCCGGCGGGUUAGUCAGUCAGUCAGUCAGUCCGCCUGCAGCCCGUGGGGCCAGCGAGCCGCAGAGGCCCGAGCCUCGGACGCCGGCGCCUUCUCCUGCCAUUGUUCGUCUGGCGGCUGCGGCGGCGGGCGCGAGAAGCCCGGGCCCCAGAACCACCGCAACAUCAUGACAACAGAGAAGAGUUUAGUGGCUGAGGCUGAAAAUCCACAGCACCAACCACAGAAGGAAGAGGGUGAGGGAGCCACAAACUCCGGUCAACAGGAAACUCAGUUGGAAGAGGCUUCUCAAGCAGCAGCUGAGGGAGAUAAUCAGUGUGAGCAGAAGCUGAAACCAUCUAAUGGAGACACUCCGACACAUGAAGACUUGACCAAGAACAAGGAGCGGACAUCAGAAAACAGGGGCCUGUCACGGCUGUUCUCCUCAUUUCUCAAAAGGCCUAAAUCUCAGGUGUCUGAGGAGGAAGGCAAAGAAAUAGAGUCAGCUAAAGAGAAAGGUGAAGGAGGUCAGAAAGAGAUAGAAUUUGGAGCUAGUCUUGAUGAAGAGAUCAUUUUAAAGGCCCCAAUUGCAGCUCCUGAACCUGAGCUCAAAACAGACCCAUCCUUGGAUCUCCAUUCAUUAAGCAGUGCAGAAACUCAGCCUGCUCAGGAAGAACACAGAGAAGAUCCAGAUUUUGAGACUAAGGAAGAAGGAGGACUUGAGGAGUGCUCUAAAAUAGAAGUAAAAGAAGAAGGUCCUGAAUCAAAAGCAGAGAGAGAAUUAAAGGCUUCCCAGAAAUCCAUCAGAAGGCAUAGAAGCAUGCAUUGCAAGGUCUCUCUGUUGGACGACACAGUUUAUGAAUGUGUGGUGGAGAAACAUGCUAAGGGACAAGAUUUACUUAAACGAGUGUGUGAACACCUCAAUCUUUUGGAGGAAGACUACUUUGGUCUGGCCAUUUGGGAUAAUGCAACCUCAAAGACAUGGCUGGAUUCUGCCAAAGAAAUAAAAAAGCAAGUUCGUGGUGUCCCUUGGAAUUUCACAUUUAAUGUAAAGUUUUACCCACCUGACCCAGCACAGUUAACAGAAGAUAUAACAAGGUAUUACCUGUGUCUUCAGCUUCGGCAGGACAUAGUGUCAGGACGUCUGCCCUGUUCCUUUGCAACCUUAGCAUUACUAGGCUCUUACACUAUCCAGUCUGAGCUGGGAGACUAUGACCCGGAACUCCAUGGCACAGAUUAUGUUAGUGAUUUUAAACUGGCCCCAAACCAGACCAAGGAACUUGAAGAGAAGGUCAUGGAACUGCAUAAGUCAUACAGGUCCAUGACUCCAGCUCAGGCUGACCUGGAAUUUCUUGAGAAUGCCAAAAAGUUGUCUAUGUAUGGUGUUGACCUUCAUAAAGCAAAGGACUUGGAGGGUGUGGAUAUCAUCCUAGGUGUCUGCUCUAGUGGUCUUCUGGUUUACAAAGAAAAGCUGAGAAUUAACCGCUUUCCUUGGCCCAAAGUGCUGAAGAUUUCUUACAAACGUAGCAGCUUUUUCAUUAAGAUUCGACCUGGAGAGCAAGAACAGUAUGAAAGUACUAUCGGAUUCAAACUUCCCAGUUACCGAGCAGCUAAGAAAUUAUGGAAAGUCUGUGUAGAGCAUCACACCUUUUUCAGACUGACAUCUACAGACACCAUUCCUAAAAGCAAAUUUCUUGCCCUGGGAUCCAAAUUCCGAUACAGUGGCCGAACUCAGGCUCAGACCAGGCAAGCUAGUGCUCUGAUUGACAGGCCUGCCCCACACUUUGAGCGCACAGCAAGCAAACGAGCAUCCCGAAGCCUUGAUGGAGCAGCGGCCGUUGAGUCAGCAGACCGAAGUCCUCGGCCCACCUCUGCACCAGCCAUUGCUCCGAGUCAAGCCGCAGAGGGCGGUGUCCCAGGUGCACCUGUCAAGAAAGCACAGAAGGAAACAGUGCAGGUUGAAGUGAAAAAGGAAGAGGCACCACCUGAGGAUGCUGAGCCAGAGCCCACAGAAGCAUGGAAGGUGGAAAAAACCCACAUCGAGGUCACAAUACCCACCCCAAAUGGUGACCAAACACAGAAGCUUGCAGAAAAACCUGAAGAUCUGAUAAGAAUGAGGAAGAAAAAGAGAGAGAGACUAGAUGGUGAAAACAUUUAUAUCAGACAUAGCAAUUUAAUGUUGGAGGAUUUAGACAAAAGUCAAGAAGAGAUCAAAAAACAUCAUGCCAGCAUCAGUGAGCUGAAAAAGAACUUCAUGGAAUCUGUACCAGAACCCCGGCCUAGUGAAUGGGAUAAACGCUUAUCCACUCACUCUCCCUUUCGAACACUUAACAUCAAUGGGCAAAUCCCUACAGGAGAAGGAGUGAAGAAAACCUCUGUCCUUCCCUCGGAAAGAAAGGUUGGUGGGCCGGAGACACAGGAACGUGCUCUGUUAGUGCAGGACGAAGAGAAAAUUAAAAGGCAAGAGAGAUCUACUGAAAGAGCCUUGCCCCAGCAAGAAAACGAAGAAACUCUUCCCAAGGUUUCUAUUCCAAUCCCUGAGGAUCACAAGUUUCUCAAAAAGUGCCACUUCUCCUCUAGUACUUUUUCAUCUCCUCGUAUUCCUUUCGUGAUGUCUUUUCUCGUGGUUCUUGCAUUGGCUGUCUGGUGGUUGGUCUUUCUGUGAUCGGAAAACAGGGGUCUCGUCUGAAAUGUCAAGACUAAAACCAUUGAACUUUGUCGUUGGCUUUUACUAUGUUACCUCCUGUGUGUUACCCUCUGAUCUUGAUAGUUCCUAUCCCAGGGGAGCGCUUGUGGUCAUGUUCUGUCAAUACAAUGUUACUCUUUGUAGACAAUAAAUCAUGGGGUACAAAGGAGUAGCCAUGGAUUGCCAAAGCCAGUUUUCCUCACGGAAGUUUAACAAGUUUAGGCAAAUUGGGUUUAAGCAUGCGGCAGGUUGGCACUUUCCCCAGAAGCAUUCACUCUGUUAUCCUGCAUGUUCUUAUUGUUUACUAUUGCUCUGUACUCCUCUCCAGUGCUCCUCACAAAGCAGGGAAUCCUGUAGACAAGUGUGAUGGAAUGUCUUCCUAAUCCUUGAUAGUUACUUGUGUGGCAUGGGCUUUGUAGUUUAAGAAAAAAUUCAACUUGCUAACCUUUCCAAAGCCUUAAAAUGGUACAUUUUAAUCUAUGAAUCCAUAACCACUCCUUUUCUUGAGAUAUCAAGCCAGUACAUACAAAAGCCUUUUUCAAAAAAGGGCUUUUGACUUCCGUGGCCUUCUUAUGUAUGUUUCUGAGGUGAACAGGGACAAACAACUCUUAUCCUGCCCAGUGUACAGAAGAGGUCUGCAAAAGUUAAAUGCAUUUUCCACAAAUGUAAUGUUGAUGAUGUAAGGAAAAUGGUGCUGGUGCCUUUAACCUCCAGCCAGGGCUGAAUUUUCCAGACUACUCUGCCCAUCUUCAAAAGUCCUGGAAUAACAAAUUUCUUGAAGAUCUGGACAUACACAUACCCUUCUCUGAAUUAGAAUACUGUGUUACUUCUUUAUUGAAUUAAGUAAUUAUACUGCUAAAAGCAAUAUUUAGCCAUUAUGAUAAGGUUAAAGUAUAUAUUGAUCUAUUUCAUUUUUCUGAUAGAUUUCAGACCUGUUUAUUCUUACAUGUGCGUUGAAAUUAAUUGUCUUUAAUCCAUGGUCUUGUGAGCUAAGGCUCUGUUGUGACAAGUACGUGUCUUCUGUUUGCAUGUUGAUUUUUAAGGCUUCCCUGAAGUAAAUAUGCGUGUGCUCUCUCUUCACAACCCAACUCAGAUGUCUAACCUGUUUUUCUCCCCUCAGUAUUAAUGAAAUCUUGCAUGUAGCCUGCUUUUUAUGGCACUUGAAUGUACCAAUGUGGAUGAUUUGGUUAAUGUUGUCUCAAAUAUUUUGUUUUGAAAUCUGAGUUCAUAGAGUUGUCAAACUGAGAUUAUUGCACUUUACUUCUCAAUACUUUCCAGCUGAUGAAACUUCUAAACAAGACUUUUUAAGGUGGUAGCUUCUUAGAGUUAAAAAAAAAAAAAAAAAGAGAACAGUAGAGCCAAGACUCUUGUCCUUUAAUACCCACCACUGUUAUUCUAUUUUUUUCUGGAGACGUGUAGAAAUAAUACUCUGGCAUUUACUGAAAACUGUGACUAGGUUAUUAUAGGCUCUCCAAAAAAGAUGGGAAAGAAGUGAGAAGCACGUUAAAAUUUAAAAUCUGGUAUAAGUGUAUAUCUUUCAUGUCAUAGGCUAUGUCUGUUUAUAAGAAAUAUUUUGUAAUUAAGCAUAUUUAUUUAUACUCAUAAUAAGGAAGGAGAGACCUCAAAUCAACUUGAGAUAUUGCAGAGCUGUUCUGUAAGACAGAAAGUGAUCGUGGUAAUACUCCCCUUUAUCUGAAAUAGACAUAUGGGAACUUUCCUUAUGAAAUAACAAAACUAUAGUUAUCGGUUAGAUUCUUUUAAAUUUUUUUCAAGAAACAAGGAAAUACUAUUAGGAUUUUAUUGAUACUUUUAUAACUGUUUCAGAUUAUAUUUCCGGUUUUCAUCCUUGUACAUAGCUUUUUACUCAUUAUUAUUGUAAGCAUCACCUUGAGUUGUGUUUCCCUUUGUAUUGGAGUUGAUUUCAAGUCCAUUAAAAUUCUAGUGUAAGCCAGCAAUACUUUUCGGUUUUCUGAAGUGCAGCAGGAGUUCUCAGAUGGUCAAAGGAGAGGCCUUUUCUUCUGUUAAUAGAGUAAGAAUGGUUGAGACGAGAAGGGCCAAUCCUUUGACUAAUAAGCUGGCCAGUGCAGUCUCAAAAGAUAUGCCUGUCACAGUUAUCUUAGGGAAAAUAUUUUACACUGCUGUCCAUAUGUAUAACAUAAAGCUGUAAAUAGUCUUGGUUUUCCUCUCAUACCUCAUUUCAUUCUUAAUACCAGAAACAGAUCCAAAUAACUGUGUGUUGGUUUUGGCUUGAUUCAAUCUUCUUUUUUUUUUUUUCCUUCUACCUUCUUAACAGCAGGUUGAUGAGUAAAAAAACAGUGGGGACUAAUUAAAAAGUCUUGGGUUUUUGCCUUGGUUUUGCUACUAGUUUAUUCCUAGGGUGACUCUGAGAAGCUGACUUAACUCCUUGGUGCCCAGAGUUCCACCUAAUAACGUAGAGACAAACCUACCUCUUGAGAAUGUUCCAGGAACCAGAAGCUCUGGUGGGCGUGAAAUGCUUGAUCUUUUGGGGACAAGAAUUUUUUUUUAAAAAAAAGCAAAGACACAUUUGCUUCUUGGAUUUUUUUAAAAAUAAAAGUAAACAAUUAGAUAGCUGUAUUUAUUUCCAUCUACUCCUUACUGAUAGUUGAGCAAACAUUUAAAACUACUAAAGUUAAGAAUUCCUCUUACUCUUAGGCAAUUCAUCUUACCUCCAUGGUAUACUUAGAGUGGACCAUACUUGAAAAUAAAUCCAGCAUCUAUGUUUUGGACCUGGCUUUUAGCCAUCUUCUUAUGCUAAUGUAUGGAUUAUGAAGGAGCUUCAGUUUUCAUGGGUCAGUUCCAAUACUUCUUUGUAUCUUUAGCAAAAGUUUUGAAGGGAGAAGAUACUGACUCUGUUGACUAACAUGAGACUAGGGAUUAUCUGUGGACUAGAUUUUGUUAUCAUCUUAGAUCCUAGUACAUUUCUUCCUAUUAAUUAUUACUGUACUUCCUAUUAAACAUUACUUAAAUUCCUGUAGAUGUAAGACAAUUCACUUUUUCCUAUAUUCCUUAGUCACUAUUGUAAUAUUUCCUACAGAAAAGGAUAUAAGACUUUUUUUGCAUCAGAGGUUUGGUUAUUUUUUUGAAGGCAUAACCAAUCAAAAUUUAUAUUUAGACUUUACCAGUGGCCAUGUAAUUACAAAAGGAAGACAGAAAAUUCAAAAAUAGUAUGAAAUACUAGGAAGUUGCUUUUUUCUUGCUAAGAGCAUUGAGCAGAGUAAAGCUAUAUAGAACUUUUCUACCAAGUGUCCUUCACUUCUGUUCUUCAUAGAAAUUAUAAAAUCCCAAAGUUUUUUGCAACGUUCUCUGUCAAACUGAGAGAGACUAUUGUUAUAUUGAUUCUAUUACAUAUGGAAAUUCUGCUUUUUCCCCCCACUGCACUCAAAUGAGCAGUUUGUAGUUUUGGUAAUAGAAGCAGAGACAUCUCUUUAUCUGUGGGAUGACUCCAUCUGCCUCCUCUACAGUGCAGGGAAGAGUGUCCAUAAGUCUGGCUCAUUUCUACUGCUUUUACCCCUUAUUCCUAGGGAUAUUCUUUUUACUACAUCAGAACAUGAUGCAAAAAGAAACAGGUUGGUGUGGACCUUAGGAAUGGAUGUGGUUAAGACGUUGUUAAAGUGAGGAAGCCAUAUAAAGUUAGGUUGGAAGAGGAAGAGGGGUAGCUAUGAUCAGCAAUUACAAAUUCAUGGAGUAUUUCAUUUUGUAAACAAAAUUCCUACCAUAUAGAACUUGAAAGAGAAAAAGAAGAGAAAGUAGAGUGGUUUUACUCCCACAGAUCAGAAAUAAAGGCUGAAAGCUAAGUAAGUUUAAUAAUAGUCUAACCAAACAUACAGAUGACAAAUUGCCAAGGAAGCAUCUGCAUUGAGAAUGCUUUUCUAAUCUUUUGUGAUUGAUAUACUAGAAGGGAGCCCUCCAGUUUAUCACAGUCAGAAUCCCAUUUGGGAUAAAUAACAGGAUAAAUUUACUCUUAAAGAUUAAAGGAGGUGGAGAGGCAUAGAGACCCAACUCUCUUUUCAGGUCCCCCAAAUCAAUAAAGGAUGCAGUUAAAUCUCUCAUUUUCACUCCUACUGUCUCUUUAAAGAAGAGUUUCCAUAUGUACAGAAUCCUGUCUCAACACAGGGGAUUAGAAUUAAAGGCAAAGCACUGUUUACUGAUAUCCAUUCUUCAACCACUGCCCUCUAGGCAAUGUAUUGCAGGGAUGGGAAGCAAAGAGGCAGCAUUAUCAGAAUUUUAGGGUUGGACAGGUCCCCAGUCCAACUCCUCUCCCUUCCAGGGCUUGAUUCUUCUGUGCAGUAUCAUGUAGAAAUUCAGAGACCAAGGGGUCUCCCAGCCUCUGAUUAAUUAUCUCCCAGGAUAUAACAUAUUAUGUCUUUGAACAUGCCAGAUCUUUGGGUAUUAAUCACUGAUGUAUUCAGUCAGUCUGUUUCCCUGUAGCUUUCCAAAGUCUGGGUCCUAAGUGGAGGCAUUCUGAAGAAUUUUUCAUCCCCCACAUAUAAGCUCUUCACAGAGUUAAAAAUAAGUCCUGCUGGAACUAGUCACAGUUCUUGCCCUCAGAUAACUUACCAUCUGAUAUCCGGGUCUGUCCCAGUUUUCCCCCUAGCAUGUUAUCCUUCUGCUUUUUUCGGCCAGCUUUUCUUGUUUUAUCAGCUCUUUUUCUUUCUGGCUCCAUUGGUUAAUUCCCAAUGGUUUAUUCAGUUUUAUGUCCCUACCCAUUGACUCUGCCUCUCUAAAAGAACAUUGUGAAGUUCCUGGAAAUCUCAACUUCACCAUAGAUCACAAGGCACAAGGGGGUGUUUAUUUGUUUUUUAGAUGAAGAAGUUGGGGCUGGGGUGGGAUAGUUUUGUAGCUUUGGAAGCUUUUUGUAGCCCAGAACCUGUUGACAAGAUUGUAUUGCUGUUAUUAGUAUACCCUCAUGAAGCAUAUCCCCAGAGUGUUCAUUCAAAGUUUGCUUGCCUUCUCUGACAGCCUGGCUAACCUUUGCAUCCUCUGAUACUCCCAUGUGCUUUGAUUUAUUCCACUUUAAUAUGAUACAGUUACGGAAACUUACUUUUUGUGUAACAUUCUGAUGAUGAUGUAGAGCCCCACCAGAUAAAGUGAUACUAAAAUUUUGAAAUAUUAAUCUCUCUUAGUUUUGUCUGUCUCCUCAAAGCCAUGAGGUUCUCAGAGGUGUGAAACCUUGUUUUGUUUUAUUUCUUUGCCAAGAUACCUCUGUAUCUCAGAUACAUAACCAAUAAUUAAUAUUUGCCAAAUUGAAUUAAAUAGUUCUACGGUAACGGAUAAAGUCCAACUUUUCACUUAGAAUCUCUUGUACCGGGGCACAAAUUUGUAGCAAGUGAUCCCCACACGCCCAAUCAAUACAUGCGGGUAGCCCAGACAAUCCCUAUUCAGCCCAGAAGCCUCUCUCCCACCUGUUAGUCCUGGAGUACAGUCCUUGGUUUAUUCAAAGAAUCUACAUAUAGUUCUAUGAUGUUGUCAGUCUGUCUUGUUAAUGUCUUAUAAUUUGAUUCAGUUAAAAGCUCUUGUCCAUUUAUCACAGUAAUAAUCAACUAUUUUCACUACAGACUGUCAAUAUUAUUGAGUCCAGGGUACUUGUUUAUGUGUGUAAAUUCAUCCCGGAGUGUGAUAUCGUUAAGAGUACCUGUUAUUUGACAUUUUGUUUAUCUAAAAUACAAGAGCAGUUUGGUACGUUUGUCUUGUGUUUUACAUGAUAUAAAAACACCAAAUGUAUCAAACUCUUGAGCUGUCAAGAGUUUUUGUGUAUCAGAUAGGCCAGGGAAUCACAGACUUUUCUGUAAAGAACCAGAUAACAUUUUAGGCUUUGCAGGCCAUAGCGUCUCUGUCAAAACCACUCAACGUUGCCAUUGUAGAGUAAAAACAGCAUUGACAAUAAUAAACCAAGAAACAUGAAUGUGUUCCAAUCAAACUUUAUUUGUGGACACUGAAGUCUGAAUUUCUUAUCACUUGUAUGUGUCACUAAAUAUUUUUUCUGUGUUUUUCCUAGCCAUUUAAAAAUGUAAAACCAUUCUUGGCUCAUAGCCGUACAGAAGCAAGGAAGGGGCUGGCUUUGGCUGCAGGCUGUAGUCUGCUGAUGUCUAGAAAACAAAACUGAUUAGUUAGACUUUCUGCCUUUGUAUUGUUUCAAAGAGCUGUAGUCACUACCUUAGCAUCUUCAUUCAGCGUUGAAGUAUUUUUGGUCUUGUUUAUGAUUAGAAAUGGAAAACAAAAGACGAGGCACUCAUUCCUAUUUAUCUGGCCACCAGGAUACACGUGAACUGUAAGCUAAAAUAUCAUCACUAGCGCAGCACCCCACCUCUGUCAGUUUCUAGACUGUUCUCUGUUAACUAUGCUCUUAACAUAUUCAGUGACAAAUUCAGUUAACCCCUCUGUUCUGUUGGAUUUUUAAGGUUCCCAAAUUCACCUUCUCUUUAGCCAGGUUUUAAAGAUGAACAUGGUAAGAAAAUGACAUGAUUUUCACUCUGAACUUUUAGUACACCAAAAAUGUAUAAAUUUAAGGUUGGGUUAUUUGAAAGGUUCCCCUUUCAAAAUAAAGAGAUUUCUCUGAGAGGAAUUCCCUAAUUCAGGGCCUACUUGGGCAGUAUUUACCAGUAAGUCAAAAUAAAGUUAUAUCCUUUUGGAGGCAUCUUUGUGCCCUAGUCAACAUGGUUGUGUUGUAAAGGAUUUCUUCAUAUCUGUGACUAGCUUUGAGAGGUGCUCUGUAAUACAUUCCUAAAACUUUGUUCCGUUCAGUCCCCUGGUCCAGGAUCCUUCAGCUAUGAUACUCAGUGGAAUAAAUUGUUUAUACAUUAGCAGUUGAGCAAGAUAUACUUCUCCUUUGGGGAUAUUUUCUUUGAUGUUUUUUCACGUUAUUUGCUCUGUUAUUAUGUAAAUUUAUCAUGAAUAAAUCUUAUUGCAAGUCUGAUUCUGGUUGAUACUAAUCAUUAAAGAAACAGGAGUCAGCGAUACUGCACAUAUAUAGACCCACUACCCAAAAGCAGGAUGAGGAGGAACCUCUGCUUCAGCAGAUCAGCAAGAGAUACUGUCAGCCAGUCUUUCUAGAACAAUUCUCUUGUUUUCCCCAUAUUUUCAUUAUUUUCUGUGGCCCAGUAAUUGUCUUACACUCAGUCCUAAAACAGAGAUAAUUUAUUGACAUGCAUUCAGUUCUGAGAAUAUUGUUUUAAAUCUGCUUUGGAACUAUUUGACUUAUUUAUACCAAGUUUUAAAAAUAACUUUUUUCUAACCCACAUAAUCAGUCACUACAACACAUGUAAUUAUCACAUCUGUUAGAAGCAUUUUUAAUAUGCUGAAUUUUGUCUUUUUUUAAGAAGCACUCUACAAAUUAGUAGUUAUUAAUACUGCUCUGAUCAUAUUGAGGAAUGAAGAUAUAUUGCAGGAAAAAGAGAUUUUUUUCCUUUUCUCUCUUUUUACUGCAGCGGAUGGACAGGUAUGGACAUGUGGGUGUGCAGAGAGCUUGCUUUUAUAGUUAACAGAAGGCUCACUGCUCAAUCCAUCCCUUAUUUCACCAUGGGCAAACCUUACCUCUUAUCUUCCUCUCAUGGUCCUAGGUUCUAUUAUAUUACCCAGGUGGUUACUUAAAACCAACACUACACAUUUUGAAGUGGCAUAUUUACUAGCACAAAGUAUGUACCUUGUGGCCAUGUCUGAGUAAUAUAAAAUUUUAUAGUGUUUCUCUACAUUCCUUUUAGGAAUUGAUUGAAAGUGUUAACAUGGAAAGCCAUUUUCAUUAUUAUAGGAUUUUUCAGGAAAAGAAGACACAGCUAAUUAAUAUCUGAUUCUUGUUUUCUGUUGUAUGUAGUUCUGUGGAACCAAGAUGCUAUUUUCUAGAUAUCAGAUCGGGGUAUCAUGUUUUUCUUAAGUCCUUAUUAUGGCUUUAAUCAUUUUUGGAAUUGGGACUUCUGAGAAAUCCUGCUAAAUAUGUUUGUGUUCCAUACUAAGUGAUCAGAGUUUCUGUGCUGAUUAUAGCUUCUUGCUCUCCAUCUCUUCAACUCAACCCUUCUUAGUAUAAUGAAAUAAAAUUGGCUGACCAAAGGCUUCUGGUCUCCUAGACGUGUUUAGUAUAACCUUUAAUAUAUGCUCAAUCACUUUGAUUUCUAUAGCUCUAUUCAGGUUUGAGAGCCCUCAUUUGAUCUGUGGAGUCCUUGCUGGUGAGUGCAGUGUUAAAGCAAAAUUUUCUAUUAUGUAAUAGUUAAAAUUUUGCAUCAGGCACUGAUAUUUUACAGCAAUUUGCUUUUGCAUUCACCUAUUCUGGGGAUAAUCUAAUAACAGCACUAUUUAGGAAAUGAUAAAAACUAUUUUUGAAGGAUAAUUGUCAUUGGCAAAUUCCAUUUGCUGGCAUUCAUGAGAGGCUGCAUUAGAGUGAUUUUCCUGCAAUAGGCAGUUCUACCAACUGUAAUUUAAUAAAGGCCAAUGUCUUCCUAAAUAAGCUCCUUUAUCCAGAUGUAGUUUUUAUAUGCCAGAGAAUAGCAUUGGACCAUGAAAAUGACUCAAAUUUUGUGGAGAAGCUAGCGAGCACCCCCAAGGAUGAAUUUCUAGCCAAGGACCACCAGUAGCACACCAGCUUUAUUUAAAAAAAAAAAAAGAAAGAAAAAAAAGUAGGAGAGGAUAUAGACAAGAGAGAAAAUUUGGGA